AUGGUGAAAAUCGGCUUAAUUACAGACCGGCAGCGAAGACCCUUAAAGCUGAAGGGACACUGGAACCAGGGAGAGGCUGGCUCACUGAGCUUCAGUCCCCUGGAGGAGAGAUCAUCGUUGCCCCAACUGAGGCCCUCUCCGGCGGUGAGCAGGGCAUAGCGGCCGCUGCCCCGCUCUCCUGCAACACCAUACCCAGCCUGAGCCAUGACCCUGAACGGACUCGGCCCUGUUCCCCCCCCUAUGGACCGGGGGGGUGAUCCCGGUCCCCACCCCAAGGCCCUGACUCGGGUGCAGCGGCUGAGGUCGGGGGGCACGACAGCAACGAUCAAGAUGUGCGCAGGAGACAUGGGGAAGCCUGGAUUGCUACCCGAGCCUGCGGCCGACAACGCAACUCCCACAUCCAGGCCCUGCCACACAGGCCACUCACCAACCUCAGCAGGGAGUCAGACCUCGGGCUCACCUUAUACUCAGCCUGUAAGCACACGACCCCAGCAACGACGGCACAACAUCGCGGCUCACACCAGCCCCGGAGGACCGCACGAGACAAGCACUACGGACCUCGGCUGCACCUCCUGA